CCGGCCGGCCGGCCAUGGCAGGGGCCGGAGGCGGCGGCUGCCCCGCGGGCGGCAACGACUUGCAGUGGUGCUUCUCGCAGGUCAAGGGGGCCGUCGACGAGGACGUGGCGGAAGCUGACAUCAUCUCAACUGUCGAAUUCAAUUACUCUGGAGAUCUUCUUGCGACGGGAGACAAGGGCGGCAGAGUUGUUAUUUUUCAGCGGGAACAAGAGAACAAAAGUCGCCCUCACUCCAGGGGAGAAUAUAACGUUUACAGUACCUUUCAAAGUCACGAACCAGAGUUUGACUAUUUGAAAAGUCUAGAAAUUGAGGAAAAAAUUAAUAAAAUUAGGUGGCUACCACAACAGAACGCUGCUCACUUUCUACUCUCUACAAAUGAUAAAACUAUUAAAUUAUGGAAAAUAAGCGAACGGGACAAAAGAGCAGAAGGUUAUAACCUGAAAGAUGAAGACGGACGGCUUCGAGACCCAUUUCGAAUUACCGCGCUGCGGGUUCCAAUAUUGAAGCCCAUGGAUCUUAUGGUAGAAGCAAGUCCACGACGAAUUUUUGCAAAUGCUCACACGUAUCAUAUAAAUUCCAUUUCAGUAAAUAGUGAUCAUGAAACAUAUCUUUCUGCAGAUGACCUGAGAAUUAAUCUAUGGCAUUUAGAAAUCACAGACAGAAGCUUUAACAUCGUGGACAUCAAGCCCGUGAACAUGGAGGAGCUGACGGAGGUGAUCACCGCGGCCGAGUUCCACCCGCUGCAGUGCAACGUGUUCGUGUACAGCAGCAGCAAAGGGACCAUCCGGCUGUGCGACAUGCGCUCCUCGGCCCUGUGUGACAGACACUCCAAGUUUUUUGAAGAGCCUGAAGACCCCAGCAGUAGGUCCUUCUUCUCAGAAAUCAUCUCCUCCAUCUCCGACGUAAAAUUCAGCCACAGCGGGCGGUACAUGAUGACCCGGGACUACCUGUCGGUGAAGGUGUGGGACCUCAACAUGGAGAGCCGGCCCGUGGAGACCCACCAGGUGCACGAGUAUCUGCGAAGCAAGCUUUGUUCUCUGUACGAAAACGACUGCAUCUUCGACAAGUUCGAGGGCUGCUGGAACGGUUCGGACAGCGCGAUCAUGACGGGGUCCUACAACAACUUCUUCAGGAUGUUCGAUCGGAGCACGCGGAGGGACGUCACGCUGGAAGCUUCCCGGGAGAACAGUAAGCCUCGAGCCAGCUUAAAGCCUCGGAAAGUGUGUACAGGCGGCAAGAGAAAGAAGGACGAGAUCAGCGUGGACAGUCUGGACUUCAACAAGAAGAUCCUGCACACGGCCUGGCACCCGGCGGAGAACAUUAUCGCCGUGGCCGCCACCAACAACCUGUACAUCUUCCAGGACAAGGUCAACUAAGGAAGCCAGCGGGGACUGAGCCCGGCCGUCUUCUCCGAGGAGGGGCGCUGUCCUCCCCGUGAGGAGCACGCGGUGCUGCCCGCUCCCCUUCGCAGACUGGAGGGGCGGCCUCCUGCCUGCAGCCAGCCGGGCGCGGCCGCUGCUCCGCGGAGCCCCGCUCAGCGCGCAGCGGGUGGACAGUGCUCAGUAACGGCCGUUCCUCCAGAUCCGUGUAUUUAUUCAGUCUGAGCCUUCCUUUCCGGUCGCAGGCCGAAAGGUUAGCGCCCAGGAGGAAAGUUGUCUGACGGAACAUCUCUUUUUCUGAAACUCUUCCCCCACCGGCUCCCCCCGUCACACUCGGGCCUUCACACGCGCGUGCCGUGCCCCCGCCCCGUCCUCCGAGCCCGGGUGGCCCUGCCGAGGGCGUGGUUCCCCGAGCCGGUCCCGCAGCUUUUUACCCCCACACCUGUACCUGCCAUCACAGCCUCGGGUGUGACCACUGAAUAAAACAACACACUAUAAAAGUGGUUUUAAAUCCAA